AGCGAGGCGCAGCUCCGAUACCGGCGCCUUUACAGGGGCUCCGGGCGUGUUUGUUCCAACUGUUUAAACUGUUUCAUGCCAGAGCCCAAGCCACCUUGGUCAAACAACUCUUAAUCUCUCGGGCAAGAGGGCCGCCCUUCUAUGCGGGGAAGGGCAAAUUGAGCGCGGGGACCCGGGGUCGAACACUACCUCUCCUCAGGCCGCUCCAAAGGACCCCAGCCCGCCGCCCCUUCGCGCCCCCGGACACCGAGCUUCUUGCGUCAGCCGGGGCGGGGGUGGGGGAUUUUCGGCAGCCGGGCCGCCGGGGAAGGAAGGGCCCGGGAUCUUGCCCCGCCCUCAGGGGGCGGGAGGCGGAGCGGGCCAGAGGGCUGGCCGACAACUCGGGACGAGUAGCCGAACGGGGAGUGCCGGGGGCCCCAGGAGCUGCCGCUGCCGCCAGUGCUGCCCUGUCCGCGCCGCGCUUUGGCAGCCGGGACAGGGUCGCCGUCGAGGAGCCCCAACGCAGUCUCCAGCUCAGCAUGAUGGACAUGGAGUUGCCGCCGCCAGGACUGCCGUCCCAGCAGGACAUGGAUUUGAUUGACAUCCUUUGGAGGCAAGAUAUAGAUCUUGGGGUAAGUCGAGAAGUAUUUGACUUCAGUCAGCGACAGAAGGAGUAUGAGCUGGAAAAACAGAAAAAACUUGAAAAGGAAAGACAAGAACAACUCCAAAAGGAGCAAGAGAAGGCCUUUUUUGCUCAGUUACAACUAGAUGAAGAGACAGGUGAAUUUCUCCCAAUUCAGCCAGCCCAGCACACCCAGUCAGAAACCAGUGGAUCUGCAAACUACUCCCAGGUUGCCCACAUUCCCAAACCAGAUGCUCUGUACUUCGAUGACUGUAUGCAGCUUUUGGCAGAGACAUUCCCAUUUGUAGAUGACAAUGAGGUUUCUUCAGCUACAUUUCAGUCACUUGUUCCUGAUAUUCCCAGCCACAUCGAGAGCCCAGUCUUCAAUGCUCCUCCUCAGGCCCAGUCACCUGAAACUUCUCUUGAUGGAGCCAUGGCUGAUUUAAACAACAUCCAACAGGAUAUUGAGCAAGUUUGGCAGGAGCUAUUUUCCAUUCCAGAAUUACAGUGUCUUAAUAUUGAAAAUGAUAAGCUGGUUGAGACUACCACCGUUCCAAGCCCAGAAGCCAAGCUGACAGAAAUCGACAACAAUUAUUUCUACCCAUCCAUCCCCUCACUGGAGAAAGAAGUAGGGAACUGCAGUCCACAUUUUCUGAAUGCUUUUGAGGAUUCCUUCAGCAGCAUCCUCUCCACAGAAGAUCCCAAUCAGUUGACAGUGAAUUCAUUAAAUUCAGAUGCCACAUUAAACACAGAUUUUGGUGAUGAAUUUUAUUCUGCUUUCAUAGCAGAACCUAGUACCAGCAAUAGCAUGCCCUCCUCUGCUACUGUCAGUCAGUCACUCUCUGAACUUUUGUAUGGUUCUGACCUUUCACUCUGUAAAGCUUUCAACCAAAAUCAUCCUGAAAGCACAGCAGAAUUCAAUGAUUCUGACUCUGGCAUUUCACUGAACACAAGUCCUAGCAUGGCAUCACCAGAACAUUCAGUGGAGUCUUCCAUCUAUGGAGACCCACCACCUGGCUUCAGUGAUUCUGAAAUGGAAGAGUUAGAUAAUGCCCCUGGAAGUGUUAAACAGAAUGUUCCCAAAACACAGCCAAUACAUUCUGGGGAUACAGUGCAACCUCUGUCACCAUCUCAAGUGCACAGUGCACCUGUGCAUGAUGCCUACAGUGAAAACACACCAAAGAAAGAAAUGCCUUUAAGUCCUGGUCAUAGAAAAACCCCAUUCACAAAAGACAAACAUUCAAGUCGCUUGGAGGCUCAUCUCACCAGAGAUGAGCUUAGGGCAAAAGCUCUCCAUAUCCCAUUCCCUGUGGAAAAAAUCAUUAACCUUCCUGUUGAUGACUUCAAUGAAAUGAUGUCCAAAGAACAAUUCAAUGAAGCCCAACUUGCAUUAAUUCGAGAUAUACGUAGGAGGGGUAAAAAUAAAGUGGCUGCUCAAAAUUGCAGAAAAAGAAAACUGGAAAAUAUAGUAGAACUGGAGCAGGAUUUAGGUCAUUUAAAAGAUGAAAAAGAAAAAUUACUUAAAGAAAAAGGAGAAAAUGACAAAAGCCUCCAUCUACUCAAAAAACAACUCAGCACUUUGUAUCUUGAAGUCUUUAGCAUGUUACGGGAUGAAGAUGGAAAACCUUAUUCUCCUAGUGAAUACUCUCUGCAACAAACAAGAGAUGGCAAUGUAUUCCUUGUUCCCAAAAGUAAGAAGCCAGAUGUUAAGAAAAACUAGGUUUGGGAGAAUUUGACAUUUUCUGAGCUAGUUUUUUUUGUUUUUUUUUUUUUUUUUUUUUUGUAAUACUAAAAGCUCCUACUGUGAUGUGAAAUGCAGAAAUAUACUUUAUAAUUCUAUGCAAAAUUAUAGCCAAAGCUAGUAUAGAAGAUAAUAUGAAAUUUAAAAGCAUUAAAAUAUCAGUACAUUGAAUCAGUGAUUUCACUUUUAACUAUAAUUUCUUAGAACACCAUUUGGACUAGAUUCUGCAUAAGUGUAAAUACUACAAAACUUAUUUAUACUGUUCUUAUCUCAUUUGUUACAUUCAUAGAUUUAUAUGAUGAUAUGACAUCUGGAUAAAAGUAAAUCGUUGCAAAACUAACCACUAUGUACUUUUUUUUUUUUUUUACAAAUACUGUAUGAACGAAAAAAUGCAUUUUUUAUAUUCAAUUGUUUAGCUCUGGCAAAAAGCAACUUUUAAGAGCUGAUACUAAUAAAGGAAUAUUAUGACUGUUAAA